AUGAAUCAAGGGAGUUAUUAUUUUGAUGAAAAAAUCAAUGAGAUGCAAACUAUCUUUUUUUCUAAAAAUUCAGCAUUGAUUAAGUAUACUCAAACAUUUGAUUCUAUUGAUAUCGUUAUUGGCUGUGAUGCUUGA